AUGCCCACACCAAUGAUCGGCACGUGCACUCAGCUGCCUAGCUUGUUCCUCGACACGCUAGCGAGUAAACUCACCAUGAAUCAAGAAAUCCCAAUGACCAAGCAAUCAUCACCGACACAUAGUCAGGAACAACAAGAACAUCCUCAACUGCAUGCCACCGUCGCGCAACAAGGCGGUAGCUCGACGCCGUCGGAGUCCAACCACCAGCGCAGGAUCACCAUGAUUCCGCUCGUGUUCCUGAUCUAUUUCGAGGUGGCAGGCGGCCCGUACGGCUCCGAGCAGGCAGUCCGCGCCGCCGGGCCGCUGUUCACUCUACUGGGCUUCCUCGUGUUCCCCUUGGCGUGGGGCGUCCCGGAAUCGCUCGUCACCGCCGAGCUCGCCACCGCGUUCCCGGGGAACGGUGGCUUCGUCCUCUGGGCAGACCACGCCUUCGGCCCGCUGGCGGGCUCGCUCCUCGGCACAUGGAAGUACCUCAGCAUCGUCAUCAACAUCGCUGCCUACCCGGCUCUCGUGGCUGACUACCUCGGUGGCGUGGUGCCGGCGGUCGCGAGACCCGGCAGGGCGCGCAAGGGCACGGUGGUCGUUAUGACGCUUCUCCUCUCCUUGCUGAACUAUGCCGGCCUGAGCGUCGUCGGGUGGGGCGCGACCGCACUGGGGAUAGCCUCGCUGGCCCCGUUCUUGCUGAUGAUGGCCAUGGCUGUGCCCAAGAUACGGCCGGGGCGGUGGGUGACCCGGGUGGAGGGGAGGAAGAAAGACUGGAGGCUAUUCUUCAACACGCUGUUCUGGAACCUCAACUACUGGGACAGUGCGAGCACCAUGGCGGGCGAGGUGGAGCGGCCGGAGCGGACGUUCCUGCGGGCGCUUGCGGCUGCCGUAGUUCUCAUUGCCGUCAGCUACCUGCUGCCGCUCAUGGCCGCGACCGGUGCCACGGACGCGUCACCGGAUGCAUGGGUGAACGGCUACUUGGCUGAUGCUGCAGGCAUUAUCGGGGGACCAUGGCUCAAGUACUGGACCGGCGCAGGAGCAGUAAUCUCCUCCAUUGGCAUGUUCGAAGCCCAAAUGAGCAGUGCCGCAUUCCAGCUCCACGGCAUGGCGGACCUAGGCCUCCUCCCAUCCGUCUUCGACAGUCAUGCCACUCGCAUCGGAACCCCAUGGGUUGCAAUCAUUGCAUCAACCGCUAUCACCAUCGCCGUCUCCUUCCUCGGUUUCGACAACAUUAUUGCAACAUCGAACUUCCUAUAUAGCAUGGGCACGCUGCUCGAGUUCUCCUCCUUCCUUUGGCUCCGAGUCAAGUACCCAACACUGAAGCGCCCUUACCAUGUGCCUCUGCCACUGCCCGCGCUCAUGGCCAUGUGCAUUGUGCCAUCGGUAUUCCUUUCUUACGUGUGCGUGGUUGCCGGGUGGAGGGUAUUCGCCAUUGCUGCAGGGCUGACCGCGCUCGCUGUCGGGUGGCACGGCCUCAUGAGGCUUUGCAGUUCCAAGAAGUUGCUCAGUUUUCGCGUGCCCGAAUCAUCGGGUUGA